AUGCCACCACCCAUUUUCGCUCACCUUCAUUCAUCUCCACUUGUCGUUCGUCACCAAUCAGAUUCCAAUUGGCGCAAUCUCAGUUUUCAUUCUGGUGUGAAUGGAUCAUUAAAUGGCUAUGAGGCAGUCGAGCUCAUCGACGUGAAAGCAGAGCGUCGACUGUUGCUACAAACUCUGCGCGAGUCGGGACGCCAUUUGUCGUGGCAGUCUGAGGUCGCUGAAGUGCACACGUUUCGGAAAAUAUUAUCGUUUGGAUGUCGCGUUUUGCACUUUUCAGGCCACGGUGUCCCGGGUCAAGUGAUCUUCGAGACACGUAGAGGUGAAGCGCAAUUUGUUUCUCAGCAGGAAUUACAGGAUCUGAUACUCGCGGGUGGCGCAGACGACCGGUGCUUGUCAACACGUCAACGCAACCGACGACAAGAGAUUACGGAAUUGUGUGACGAACGCUCUUUUCGUUCUCGUUCAGAUUCGACUUCGAGUGAUAGUGACGAUGCCACGUCAGGACUUUCCAUCACAAGCCACAGAGUGGAGUUGGAUCGAAUGGCCUUGACAGCACCUCGAAUGCAACAUGAGAAGCAUAAUGUGCCUUUAAAGCUCGUCUUUUUAAGUGCAUGUCACUCGGAGAGUGUUGCUGAAGCUUUCGUGAGGGCUGAAGUGCCCCAUGUUGUGGUCGUGUCAAAAGAAAAGAAAGUGCUGGAUCGCAAGGCUAUGGAGUUUGCUAAAGCCUUUUAUACUGCAUUGUUUGCAGGUCAUGCUGUUGCAAAAAGCUUUGAAAUUGGAAGAGUGCAAGCAGAUAUUGUUGUUGCUAGUAAUGGAGACAAUGCGGUGGAUGGAGGUAGAUCUGAAUUUAAGCUGCUAGGAGAUGGAGAUCAUAAUGAUGCGCCAUUUAGAGAUGUACCAGCGGGUGACUUAAUUGAGACGGAUAUGGACGGGCGACGUGGAGGAAACGUGACAAGGAACGAAUGUGACGCAAUUGCGGAGGUCUUCGUGGGAAGGUCAAUGGAGGUGCAUCAAGUGUACAAGGCGCUGGUGGAAGGAGCGCGACUAGUGAGUAUUACUGGUGAGCGAGGAAUUGGCAAGACGGAGGUGGCAUUGCAAUGUGCGCAGUAUGCCACCGAGCGUCGAGUAUUUAGCCACAUAUUUUAUCUGCGACUGAAUACGGGCAACGACGGCAAAGAUGCAAGCGAUGACUUGUGCAAGCAGCAUGCUGAACUCGAGUUGCCAUUGCUUGUUUCAAAGUUUGCAAAAUGUUUGGGCCUUCAAGCGAUAUCUCUUGAUCAGCUAGCAGAGCUAGCUCGGCAGCGAUGCGAAAUUGAAAACCAGGGCGAUGGAAGUAGUUUCCUAUUGAUUUUAGACGGUUGCAAUCGAGUCGAGCGACAGAAUUCGUGCUUUCGCACGAUUGUUGCAAUGCUGUUGCGUCGUGUAAACUCGCUGGCGUUACUCCUGACAGGUGACGGAAGGUUUGGUGCGCUAGACGGUGUGGGUGAAAAGAUCAUUUCAAUUGGCCCACUUCCGCUGGCUGAUGCGGCAUUGCUCUUUACUCUGCGUGCGCCAAGGAAAAUCAAAGCUCAUGAAAUGGGUAGCAGCACCGAUCUUAAAACAUUUGGCGAACACCCGAUCAUCAAAAGCUUGCAGGGUCACCCUCGGACUAUCUGCGCGGUUUCUCAAUUUUUAGAGAAAAAGGAUAUGGAAUUAGACCAAGACGAGUUUUUAAGCUACAUAAUUCCGUCGGUGAACACAGGGCUCUGUAUGAGCACGGUUGGAGAUUCCGCGACGCUUGAUUGCGGCUUGGAUUCGCGUCAACGGCUGCAUGAACAAAAGAAGCUAGCUUUAGCGUCAAACAAUACGGAAGGAUGUUAUUCGCAUUCCCAUGAACAUCAUUAUCAUCACCGCCAACAUGAUGGUAUGCCAUCUUGUAUUGUUGAGGAGGCAAGAGAUCAGCAUCGGCUGGAUAGUGUCCAAAAAACUGUAAUACGCCGGAUGAAGCCUGUUGCUUCUCAAUCAGAUGUGGUGACAGCCAAGUCAUUGUUGAAAGUACCAUCGACCCAGAAAAUGACCAGUGAUGACAUCGAAAACCAAGGCAUCGAUUUUCCACCACCUCAUGUCCAUCCACUGAUAUCGGCACGAAGCGUACCAAGUCCUACUGGUUCAAUUACAGCUCCGACUACGUCACUUCAACAGCAGUGCCUCCUCCAGGUAGCUGAGUAUGUGAGACCGGUCAUCCAAAGUGAGGGAGGUAGCUUGGUAUGGGCACGAGCCGUGGUCAUCCGAACGACUUUUUCUAAUCAUCUCAACUUCGAGGGUAGAUUAAAAAGUGGAUACCUAGCGGCAAUGGUGCAUCAAUUGCAAGGGCUACAGGACAUUCCUUUGGAUUGGAUAGCUCCGCAAGUAAGCUACUUCUUUGCAACCAAGUUGAAAGGCGAUGCCGCCAAACGGCCAUUGUCUACCCGGAGCAUUGACUUUUUAAGUAAAAGCUCACUCAUUUGGGGUCACAAGUCUACUGCACCAGCACAACGUGGUGGUGCAGUAACUCUUCACAUGUUUGCAGCUUUUUGGGCAUGGUUUCGGCCGCUAGUUGAUUGCAUUUUGCAUUCAACCUUAUGGCCACACACGGAACCGCGGCUGCUUCAUGGGUUGUUGUCAAAGGGUGACUGCAUUCGUAUGCUCGAGCGUGCACCAUCGGGAACAUUUCUAUUGCGUUUUAGCGAGACCCGUAUUCGUUGUCUCGUGAUUGCCUACGUGCGAGAAGAUUUGUGCGUGCAGUUUGUGCCUGUAACGUGGCACCCUGAGCGCAAUGGCUGGUUUGUUGCAUUACAAGCGGAAGUGAGAAAGACUGAUGAUUCGGAAAACAAUGGGGUGACAUUUUCGACGCUACAAGAAUUAAUCUUGAGUGUCAACGUCCUCAAGUUUCUCUUUCCUCAAACACCCAAAGGAGUAGCCUUCACAUUGGAACGCCAAAUGCGACAGGAACCUGAAGCUUCUUGA